AUGAAAAUGCAGAAAUUUGAAUUGAAAGUGAUACAAGAAGCAACUAAUAACUUUGAAUUGUGUAUUGCCAAUGAUAUUCAUUACGACGAACGAAUAUACGAAGGAGAACUGAUUACAACCUUCGGAAUACCUACAAGGGUAUUAAUAAAGAGGUAUCCCGAGAAGUCGAGACGCGGUUAUGAUCAUUAUUCGAAGUUUGUGGACGUUCUCCAAAAACUACACCAUCCAAAUUAUAUCUCUUUUCUCGGUUAUUGCCAUGAGAAACGGGAGCAAAUUAUAGUGUGGGAGUAUCCAGAGCGUGGAACAUUAGAUCAGUAUAUAAGCAGAAGGCGUAGCAGUAAUACUACUACUAGUCUUACGUGGCUACGUCGACUUGAAAUAUGCGCAGGUGUAGGUCGUGGGUUAUCUUACCUCCAUAGUCAAAACCUGGGCGAGGAUAGUUUGAAAAGCGCCUCUAUUUUUCUUGAUGACAAGUGGGUUGCUAAAUUUGGUGAUAUAGAUAUAUCCACUCAAGGUUCAACAGGUGAUAGUGCUUAUAACUCCCCCGAAAGGAUUCGUCAUGGUGUUCAUACGAGUAAAACCAAUGUAUAUUGUUUCGGCAUAAUAUUAUUUGAAGUUCUGUGUGGGAGGCUGUGCAGCGAAGAGGUGGAUGGCGUCAUGUUAUCGGCUGCACUCAUCAAAGAUUUGUAUGAAAAGAAGAAACUCGAUGAGAUUGUUGAUCCUGCUCUUUUAAGAGAAGAUCAGAAGGUCAGCUCAUACUCAGUGGACAAAUAUUCAUCAAUCGCAUAUCAAUGCUUGACGGAUGAUUAUAAAAUGCGACCUUCCAUGGUUGAUGUCGUCAAAGAGCUUGACGAGAUAUUGAGUAUCGAGGGAUCCGGUGAUGAUCACAUUCAAGAAAACAGUAAGGGCGCAUGUAUGGGAAGGCUUCUCAGUAUCGAACCCCACGAGCUUCAGUUUCCAUUUGAAUUGAUGAAGGAGAUCUCAAUUUCCCUGCUGCUAAAAAACAAAACGGAUAGUCAUGUAGCAUUUAAGGUGAAAAUUACGAAGCCAAAUAAGUAUUUUGUUGAUCCACCUACCGGGGUUUUGUUGCCUUACACUACUAGAGAUGUUACAUGUACAAUGAGAACUCAAAAGGAGGCACCUCAAGACAUGGAAUGCAGCGAUAAGUUUUUGCUUCAAAGUGCAGUAGUUAGUCCUGAAUUACUGCCAAAAGAUAUCAAUAGAGAGCUGUUUGAGAAUAAGGAAUCGAGUAAUCAAGUGGAGGAAUGCUUAUUAAACAUCCAAUACGUUUCUCCCAAUCCCAUCAAUGAACGUCCUCGUGAUCCUCAGUAAGAGAAGCUCGGAAGAAUUAAGGUCCUCUCCAAGAGUGCCCAUAAUAAUAUCCAAAGCAUCGGCUAUAUAUGAUUGAUGAGGUAAUAUAUAUAUAUAUAUAUUUGAACUUAUAUCGGUGUUAUAAGCAUUCUUAUUAACCUUAAAAAUCAAUUAAGCUAGAUAUUAAUGUUGACGAGGUUUGAUAAUAGAUCGAUGAAGAACAAAUUUGUAAUUGAAUCACUCAAUUUUGUUGAAUCAAAUAUACAUACAAUAAUAUAUGUAUACAGCUUUUAGCUUUGAUGACAUGAAUUUGAAACUAAUUAACAA